CAGAUGAUGAUGUUGAUAACUGUACAGACACUCGCUGUUGAGACACUGGUCUGUGUAUUCAUAUGUUUAUCGUACAAAGUUUGCAACUCAUUCACUGUCCCUUCAUGCAUCCACCCAUCCAUCACCAUCACCAUCGCGUGGCCUGGGUGCACCGCUCGAGUGCCUUCUCCACAGCAGCUCGUGGAAAUGAUAGGCUCGUGAAAAGUGACGGCGGUGAACACAGGGGAAUGUCUGCGAAUGUCCACGGAAUCAGUAUCGGUAUUUCGUGCUGUAGUCCUGGUGCACACAAUACACGAGACCACAGCCGUGGAACAGAGGAUGGAUAGAAUGCCCUUCCGUUCUGUGUGUACGGCAAGACGCCCGCGCUUUUACCUUGGGAGAGAUGACUAAGCCCCUUCCUUUCUUGGCGCCACGAUAGAUAGUCUCAAUAAUAUCCGUCAGCUCUUGUUUGUUGUUCAUAGGCCAGUUGAUUUUGUUGUUGUUGCCCGUGCCCAAGUCAAUCAUCAUGUGCUUGUUCCUGAACGCACAGAACGCAGGCAGCGGUACCUGAAUGAUCGAUCAGCGCUGACCCACUUACCUAUAAAAGAACAUGACCGUGACCGGGUCGUAGAGCUCGUACAUUGUGUUGAAGUCAGGAACCUCACUGAUGUCAACCUGACUCAUACCCGACAGCUCUGCUGAAUCCAGGCCAUGCUCCCGUAUUAACUGCCUUACCAGGUAGAUGACCGCGUAGUUCUUCACGUCCUCGGCGAUUUUGUAUAGCAUUUCGUCCAUCUGCAUGCACUGGGGGUCAUGAUCGUGCCCGAAGCGAACCACCACUACCCUCUCCUCUUCACUCAAGAUGGCCUGGUCCUGAAACAGCGCACAGAAGGGUGCAGCAGUACAACGAAGACAUCCGGAAAGAGUGGAGGUUGCGUGCGUACCACUGCCCAGCCUGAGUGAAGGUGAGAUAGCAUAUACGACAUCGUAAAAGCCCUGAGAGAAAGAAGGAGGUAGGACCGUUUCGCGCGCGGGAACGGGUGUUGUACCUGUGAAACAAUACCACGCGGCCGUGGGUUUCGGUCUGGAGACCUCGUGAGUGUGUUCCUUGGGUUCCUCUGUGCAUGUGGAGCGUCCUAUUACUGUUGC